GUCAUCUCCAUGUUGAACGCGAUGGGCCUUGCCAGUUCCUACAAGGCAGCAUGGAACUUUCUGGCCACAUUUGCUGAAAAGCAGAGAUCCAACCCCCCUCUGGACAGCACCAAGCCCUGGGUGCUUUUCUUCGAUAAUGUCAACAUCCUUAAGAGAGUGGGGCAUGUGAGGAUGGGCAAGCAAAAUGAGAUGUAUAACUGGACGAGUCGUCUGGCAGUGGAAGUGGAGAAUGAAGACAAGAAUGCCAGCAGAGAACCACAGGGUAGAAGGCAGGACCUGUCACCAGCUGACAUCCUAGUCAACAGUGACGACAUUCAGGACCUGCAAGACAGGUUCACGCAAAAAGUGAAGGCUGUCUUGGUAGAACACUUCCCAAGCCUGGAGAAGUUCAAGGACACCCUCCGAAAGCCUUCAAGUCCCUUCCCUGUUAAGAAGAGCGUGGUCAUCCCUCUGCCCCUGGAAGACAAGGAUGAGUCCAAGAAAGCGGACACCAUUGAAAUACUCCUCACAUUUGCUAAGGAACUGAACCUCAGGGAUUGCAUGAAGGACCAGGCUGUGGUAGGAGACCAAGCCUCCUGUAAAAAUGUUCGUGGAGCCCGUGGCUGGCGCCUUGGAGAGGAGGAUCCCGUGGAGAGGUUGGACUGGGCAAAGGAGAGUCCAGGUGACUUUCACUUCCUUUGGGAGGCUUUGAGGACUGCCACGCUGUCCACAUGGGGGCUGCCCACGGAGGUGGGGUCUUUGUCACAAAUCAGGGUCACCAUCAACAGGACAAGGGUGGACAAAGGUUGUAAGAAUUUUGCUCUAUCUGACGAGUUCCUUUGCCACGCCGCCACUGGACACCUCGUGGCAGCCCUAGCAUCAUUCCUUGGAUUGGCAACUCCUGACGAUCCGUACAACUGUACCAGCAGCGACGAAUUCGAGCAGUUGGCCACCACCUUUGUCACUGACGUUGUCUUCCCCGGGCCAUGGACUGAAGACAGCGACCAAGUUCGAAACAGAGCCAGGCUAUUGCUGUACAUGGGGCUACUUUACAUGGAUCUUAGGACAUCAAUCAGGUACCAGAUGGGGGAGACUGUAAUCCAACACUGGAAGCUGUGGUUUGAGCUCUUCCUGGGGAGUAAGCGUAGCCAGUAUGCCUGUGAGGCCGCUAACCUGCUGGCGAACCUGAAGGCUGAUUGGUCCCCGUACAUGGCACACCUGCACACCCACAACAGGUGUGUCAACAUCAGCGGCCAGGAGGGAAGAGCCAAGCCUGUGGAUAUGCUUGGGGAGCACUACAAUAGGAUCAUCAAGACAACGUGUCAUUCUUCUGGGGGAAGACUUCAGUUCAAGCAUGCACAAGACAUAAGCCUAGCAGUGCAAGUCUUCGAUGCAGCCAAACAAUUCACGGACGGCUUGUGUCGCAGCGGGAGAUCCUCCAGCCACACAACAACAUCGGCAACAGAAGACAUCAAGGCCAUCACAAAGAUGAUCAUACAGCAUGGAGUUCACACUGAAACAGCUGGUAGGAACUUGAAGUGGUCCGACCCUCGUGCAGUCGCAAGGGAACGUAUCAACGAUGACAAGUGGCUGGUCAACUACCUAAAUCGCGGGGCAGAGCCAGAGGAUGAUGAGCCACAUACACCAGGUGAUCAAGACGACCCGGAUGCUGAAGAAGAUAUACAAGCAGCUGCAUGGGAACCUGGCCUUAUGGAGCUUGAGCUGUCAUGAGCUGCUGGGUUUGUAGCAACCUGUGCCGCACUGGGAUGUAGCAGGUACGCUCCUCUGGGUGCUGUGGUCUCCUCCUGGCAGAAAG